GUCCGUGUGAUGACGAAUCUGGACCGGCUUAACGAGGAGCAUAAAUUGCAGGAGGACGACGCACCGGUCCGCGUGUUGACAAACAUGGACCGGUUGAACGAGGAGCAGAAGCUUCAGGAGGAUGACACGCGCAUGCCCGAGCUGAAGCCUGCAGCACAACCUCACCCUCGUGUGCGUGUGUUGACGAAUAUGGAUCGUCUUAACGAGGAGCAAAAAUUGCAAGAGGACGACACGCCGAUGCCCGAGCUCCAACACAACCUGCGACUGGUGGUGGAUCUAGCAGAGGCAGACAUUCAAACCAUCGACAAGCGCCUGAGGUUCCAACGAGACUCGCUCACCGCUCUCAAGCAGGAGCGCGACCGCACGCAGCAGCGCAUGCAGCAGCAGGCGCAGCAGCUAGUGGACCUUCAAAGGAUUGUUGGCGUGCUGGAAAAUGUUUUGUCGUCUGCCCCUCCGCUGCUGCCGCCGCCGUCGAUGGCGUCGGCCGAAGCCCUCGCGCAGGACUCGCACGCGAUUGCGGCAUCUGUCGCGACGCCAUUGUCCGCGCUGCGGAGGCUGAGGGAGCAGCAUCCUGAGGAGUUCAAGAUGUAUAAUGUCUCGGCGGUGGCAUUAGGGUUUGUGCUUCCUCGCCUUGCUCCGCUUUUCUGCACCUGGAACCCUCUUGCUCACCCGUCCCACGGCCAUGCUGUGCUGUCCUCCUGGCGUUCUGUCCUCGCACGAGACGUAGGAGGAAGAGGAGGAGCGAGGGGAGGAGGAGGUGAGAGUGACGAAGAGAGUGGGGCGAUUUUUGCUGACGUGGCACUGGCUGAUGCGGUGGCAGAUCCGGGAACAGCCGCAGGAGGGGUGGGAGGGGCGCCUGCUGAGAUGGAUCCAUACGCCCGCCUCGUCGCAGAUCUCGUGCUGCCAGCUGUCAGAUCCGCAGUGGUCAAUCUCUGGGAGCCUCGGGAGCCCGAGCCUCUCCUGAACUUCCUCGACACGUGGCGCGCUCCCGUGCUGCCAUCUGUCCUCCUGAGAACGAUCCUUGCGCACCUUGUGUUCCCGAAGCUGGCAGCCACGGUGGAGGCUUGGGACCCGAGGCUGGAAACCGUACCUGUCCACCAGUGGCUGCACCCGUGGCUGCCGUACCUAGGCUCCCAGCUCGAGACGCUCUACCCAACCAUACGCUUCAGGCUCGGGUCUGCCCUAACCGCAUGGCACCCAUCGGACUCGUCCGCUCUUGCAAUGCUCGCGCCAUGGAAAUCCGUAUUUGACGCUGCAAGCUGGGACACUCUAGUGAGUCGAUCCAUUGUCCCGAAGCUUAUACACUUACUGCAGACUGAGUUCUUAGUGAAUCCGCAGCAGCAGCAGCUGGAGCCGUUUCAUUGGGCCAUGUCGUGGGCGGGUGUGGUCCCCACGCGCCACCUCAUCGCCUUGCUGGACACCGCCUUCUUCCCGCAGUGGCACCAGGUGCUCUACCAUUGGCUGUGCGCAAACCCUAAUUUCGAUGAAGUCACCCGGUGGUACCUGGGAUGGAAGGCGCUUUUUCCCGCCGAGCUUUUAAGCUCGGAAAGGGUUCGGCAGCAGUUGAACGUUGCUCUAGAUAUGAUGAAUCAGGCUGUAGAGGGGAUGCCGGUUCUGCAGCCCGGCGUGAAGGAGAACGUCUCUUACUUAAGAGUUUCGGAGCAGCAGGCGUUUGCAGAUGGGACUGGGGCAGGGGGAGGUGCAACUGGUGCAGGCAGUGCUGCUGCUGGGGGAGCUGGUAUUGCAGCAGGUGGAGGUGGUGGAUUGGCUGGUGGUGUCCAUACAUCUGGUGUUAAGGUGACAGGAGGGAGGGGGGCUGAAGGGAUGAGGGGGGUGGUGCGACAGGAGGAUGAAAAAGAGCUUUCUCUACGCGAGGUUGUGGAGCGAUUUGCGUUGCAGAACGAUGUGAAAUUCCUGCCGAAACCCGGGCGCACGCAUGAGGGCAUGCCAGUGUUUUUGUUUGGCACGAUCAGCCUGGUGAUAGAUUCUCCGAAGCAGCUGCUGAUGGCGCAGGAUGAUAAGCAUCGAUCCUUGGAAUCGGAACCUGCUCUUCAAGCUAUUCUGGACGCGUGGGGUUCGGCCCUGCGGCUGAGCCAGACGUGGUUCGUUGCAUCAGACUGUUCGCAAUGGCUCGGCCUCACUUGCAACUCGCUUGGCGAGGUCAUUUCUAUAGAGUUUCCCGGACGAACUGAGCUCCGGGGAGCUUCAAUUCCCGCCGCCGUUACUCAGCUGACGGCUCUUCAGAAAUUGUCCCUGGACCACACUCUGAUAGUUGGCGAUAUCCCUGCUGACAUCGGAUUCUUGACCGCACUGACGAAUCUGUCUCUUAGCGGAAACCUAUUAUCUGGUGGGCUUCCAAGCAGCUUAGCCAGUCUGGUCAACCUGCGGACACUGGAUGUAAGCUCAAACCGCUUGACCGGAUCCAUUCCCAACGUCUUCAGUGGGCUCACUGCUCUCACCACUGUAGCACUGGGUUCCAAUGGCUUCACUGGAGUCUUGCCUCCUUCUCUCCUCAGCCUUUCCCAACUCCAGACACUGCUAGUGGGGGAAAACCAGUUCUCCGGUUUUUUUCUUGAGAGUAUCGUCGGGCUGCAGUCUCUCGUCGCAUUGGACGUCAGCCGCAAUCAGUUUUAUGGCAGCCUCCCCGCCGCGCUCGGAUCUUUUACCGGCCUCGUCUUUCUUGACGUCAGCAACAACCAGUUCAGCGGAACUCCUCUCUCCUCCUUCGCCUCUGCUUCGCUUGCAAACACCGCUCAAGCAACCUACGAUUUGAGCGGAAAUUAUUUCAACAACCUGCCGACUAGCUACACCGCGCAGUCUGCGGAUUUCUGCCCGUCGAAUCUUGAGGGCGGUUUCGCGCAGGCAAACCUCGCCCAGUUCGGCGCGUCGAAGACCAGCGGUUUGAGGGAAAAUUGCUUUCUGGGCGGAAAUUGGAACGUUUUGGAGCAUUUCGGUAAUGGGAAGGGCAAGAGCAACAAGAAAGAUCCGAAGAAGUUUGCGGGGAGCAGUGGGGGAAGCGCUAGCGCUGGGACUGGUUGCAGCGUUGGCGCGCAGCGCAGAGCGAUUGAAUGCGUGUCAUUUUGCGGAGCCGCUCUUCCCGCGGGUGCUUGUGGUGGCCUCGGUUACUGUACACUCUCCACGCCGUCCCGCACUCCCGCUUGCAUCUGUUACGACGGAAUGUACAAUGUUACUCUGUCGGUUCGCGUGGGCGGUGUUACUGUUACAUACCCUUCGUGCUCGCCCUUCCAGAGCUCCGUCACCCCUCCCCCGUCGCCACCGGAUGAAGACACCAUGCGGAAGCGAGACUACCGCGGUGCGAAAAUGGACGGCGCAGCGGAUAUCAGUGGGUCGUUCUACAACCAGUAUUUCCGCCAUAUGACCGUUGGAUUCUCGGGAACCGUGGCGAGCCCGCAAUGGACCAUCCCGCCGUCCGUUGACUGGACAUCCCGCAUUCCGUCUGCCCUUCUCGCAGCCAAGAACCAAGGCGCUUGCUCCGCGUGUUGGAUCUUCGCCCCAGUGGCUGCUGUAGAAGCAGCCUACGCUAUCGCCUACAAUCUAGCUCCGCCCAACAUAUCUGAGCAGAAGGCGAUUGACUGCCAGGGCACGUGGACCUGUGACGGAGGCAAGCCUGACGACGCGUUCAACUUCAUCGCUGCCAGUGGCGGACUGCCUUCCGCUGAAAGCUAUCCUUACACGGGCAUUCUCAACUCCGCCACGUGCAAGGUCUCUGCUCGUUUCCGCGUCCGCCGACUCCUUUCCACUGAAGAUGCAUCCACCAUCACCGCCAACACUGUCCCCGCCCACCACUCCCGCAUGCUCGCCAUCUACAAGCCCGCUGGAGCGUCCCCUGUUCCUGCCACGAUGCCAUCCGCCCCCUACUCCAUCUCCAUGUUCGAAAGCAUCGGUGUGACCGGAUGGCUUGGGAUCGCCCUCGCCGUUCAAAGGCAACCCGUUGUGGUUUACAUUGAUGCAGUCUCGGACUCUUUCAAGGGGUACACUGGCGGCUUUGUGUACAAUGAUCCUAACUGUUACGGCUUGGGGGUGGUUGACCACCUGGUGGUGGUCGUGGGGUUCAACAUGAUGGAUGCGGUGCCGUACUGGAUCAUCCGCAACUCAUGGGGCCCCUCGUGGGGCGAGAACGGCUACAUGAGGAUUGCGAUUGCAGGCGGUGCGGGGAUCUGCGGGAUGAACACGAUGCCCGGCCUCUACCCCGUUAUUUCAACCCCUGACCCGUGCAAGCCCAUCAACCCAUGCGGUGGGGGCACCUGCACCUCCACUCCGACCAACAAGAGCCAGCGUAACAAGUGCACGUGCCCUGCUGGGUUCAUUGCCGUCACCAACCUCGACAAGACGCAGACUUGCGCCCUCGCUAAGGUGUGCACAUUCUUUGUGGUCAACCCAUGUGGCUUCGGCACAUGCGUUGACGACGGCAAAGGCGGUUACUCCUGCCUCUGCUCCUUGGGUUACACCUCUGGAUCUCUCACCGACGGCACCCCCACCUGUGUGCCGGGCUCUCUUGUGUCCAAGGUCGUGCUGCCUGUUGCCAUGUCCUGUGGCUUCGUCCGCACUACCUACCAGCUUUCCAAGAAGGAUUUUGUGGCCCUCAACCCAAAGCUCAAGUGCGCUGGUACCUUCCCUGCUGGCACAAGCAUUGUCAUCCGCAAUCCCGGCAGUGCUGCUGCUACACUGGGCUGUGUUGUUCCCUACACGAUUGCUCAGGGUGACACCUGUGCAUCUAUUGCCACCCUCUUCAGUGUGACCCAGGCGUACCUCAAUGUUGCCAACCCAGACUUGGAGUGCAACGCUCUCACACCUGGCCAGCAGAUCUGCGUGCAAACAGGCACUCCGCAGGUUCAGAGCUGCACCAACUACUACACAGUUAGCCCUGGGGAGACCUGCAGUGACGUCAUGAUAAAUACCUAUCCUCCAAUCAGCGCUGCGCAACUGUACCAGUACAACCCUGGGCUUAUCUGCACUUCAGACACGUCACAGCGGCUUGUGGGGCAAGACGUCUGUGUGAAUUCUGUGUUGGUGGGUGCAACAACUUGCCUCUAUGGUAAGUACACUGUCGUGAGAGGGGAUACUUGUGCAUCUGUGAUCCAGAAGUAUUUCAAGGGCCAAUCCUCUCUCCUGAGCAAGUACAAUGGCGGAUGGACGUGCACGACAUCUUCAAUCUAUGCCGGGAAGGUGCUCUGCCUGCUGCCAUAG